CGUGUUCUAGAAGAGGUUAUUCCUGACAUUACUCCACAAAAAAGUAUGGAUUCCUGCCAUGAAAGCCUUUGACUUCACGCUUAGAGACUGCUUAGUUCAGUAUUAAGCAGUAUAUGAUUGAAGCAGCUAGUGCUGUUUGCUAUUGUUGUUUCCCCCUUACACACACACACACACACACACACACACCUAUCUCCAUCUCCCUACAGUAAUGGGCAAAACAGCACUUUCGACAAAAGUUGUUUUGUGCCUUCAAGUCAUUUCCAGUUUAUGGCAAUCCUAUCAUGGGGUUUUCUAGGGAAGAUUUGUCCAGAGGGGGUUUGCCAUUGCCUUCCCCUGAGGCUGAGAGAGUGUGACUUGCCCAAGGUCACCUAAUGAGUUUCUAUGGCUGAGCAGGGAUUUGAACCCUGGUCUCCAGAGUCACAAUCCAAACCACUAUGCCACACACCCAAAUUAGGCCCUUGGGAAGUACUGAGGAUAAGACUGUCCUUCCUUCCUUCCUUCCUUUAGCUCCUUGCUGGUUUAUCUCUGCAAGGUUUAUCAGCAAAGGUGAAAAUAUGUGAGACUAAUUGGAUUUAAAAUGCACACAACAACACACAACUUACCCAACUUCUGCCUCUCUUCUUGGUCUGACCCUUUGGUGGAGCCAAAGAGAAAGACUCCACAUUUCCAUCCACCCACUUCUGGAAGUAAAACUCUGCCUGGAGUUACGUAGUUGUGUGUCUCUGUGUGUUUACCUUUCCCCAUCUUCUCCUAGGGAUUUUCUUCCCUCCCUCCGGAGACUGUUUCGCUUACGCCAGGGAAGCACUAGGGCUCAGCUGGCGCUUGAUGCCAAAGUUAUAUGAAAACCCCUCAGUAACCAUGACAGGAGUAUUGAAAAGAAAAUAUGAUGAAUUGGAAGACGACGCUCCCUAUUCCUCUUCAUCAUCCUGCUCUCCUUUCUCCUCCUCCGCUUCUUCAGCUUCUUCAGGGUGGGAAUCAGAUGAGGAAAGCUCACGAGGAGGUGGUAUCAAGUCCAGCUUGGCCUUAAAUUCAGACUUCACCCCGACAUCCAUCCUGAAGAAAAGCAAGCGACUAAAGCGGAACAAUGUGGAGUUUGACCGGGUCACUGUGUUCUACUUCCCACGCUGCCAGGGGUUCACCAGUGUGCCUAGCCGUGGGGGAUGCACCCUUGGCAUGGUCAGCAAGCAUGGUUUCUCCCGGGAGUUCACGCUGGCCGAGUUUUCCAAGGAACAGGAACUGGUGCGACGGGAGAAGCUGAAGGAGAAGUUGAAAGAGGAGAAACUGGAAGCCUUGAAGUGGAAACUAACCAUGAAUGGUACGAAAGAGUGUGAGGAGGCCAACCAGCUUACCACAGAAGACAUCUCAGAUGAGGACAUUGAAGGCAAUGGCACAGAGCUGGAGGACGGCUUUUUCCUCCAGCCCUACCCGGCCAAGAAGAGGCGAGCUCUGCUCAAGGCCAUGGGUGUCAAGAAGAUCGACAAAGAGGAGAAGCGGGAGCUGCACAGCAUUCGCCUCUCCCGAGAAGACUGCGGCUGCAGCUGCCAGGAGUUCUGCGAUCCGGAAACGUGCAGCUGUAGUUUGGCUGGCAUUAAGUGUCAGAUGGAUCACACAUCCUUUCCUUGUGGCUGCACAAAAGAUGGCUGUGGAAACACAGAAGGGAGGAUCGAGUUCAACCAGGCCCGUGUACAGACACACUUCAUUCACACCAUCAUGAAGCUGGAGUUGGAGAAGAACCAGCAAAGCAGUGAGAGGAAUGUUGAGCCUGAAUCCUCUUUCAGAGAACGACUUCACCCAUUUGGCUGUCCAGUGAGCAAGGCAGCAUUAGAGGAAAGGACCAAGCCUCUGAUGCCAGCCUUCCAGUUCAGCACUGACCUGGAGACCAUUGGCGAGAACAGCUGCAGCAGUGAUAUGACUGAUUCAUCUCUUUCAUCCAGCCAGAGUGAGGAUUUGGAAGAACAAUAUGAGGCCACCCCAUCUGAAAAGUCGCAGUCAGAUGUUGACGACGACGGCUUGGCCCGGAUCCUCCAUUUCAGCGAUUCCGAUGCAGAGGAUGACACUAGCACUGCCAACGGCUGCCAGGAUAACUUGAGUUCAUUCCAUCCGACUGGCUUCUUCAGUGUGGAUGUGGAAAACCAGUGUGUCACCAAUGUGGCUGAGAAAUUUGGCAGUGACAACGGUUUGAGCCAUUUGCCGAAUCUCACAGAAUGUUUGGAUGAGAACGCCAAUCAGGAGGCAAGUUGUUUUUUCGAGGAAGCCUCCUCAGGAGCACAAGGUGGUAGUGUCUCUUCCAUGGGGGAACAGUGCUCCAAAAACUACAUGGACCUGAGCCUUUCCUCUGACUCUCUGGAUUUUUUCCAGUCCUUCUCAGACUACAACCUGGGACCCCUUUAUAAUUCUUUGAAGGAGUACGAGAACCUGGACAACUUUUCAGCCCUGCAGCUCCAGUUGCCAAACUUCCCUAGUUUGCCCCAGUCUGGGGACCAGAGCACCUGCUUUUUAGAGUCCCUCAUUGGCUUGUCUGAAUCGGUCCCAGAAACCCCUGCACCUUUUACAGACAAUCAACUUCUAGAAGAUGCCAUUAAGUCAUCCCUAAUGGAGACAGUGAAGGUUUAAUUAUGUGUGUGUCUGUGUGUGUGUUGUUUUUUUUUAAAAAAAAACAUGGACAAUGCACCAUGGAUAAGGAAUCCUUGGAAGAGAAGGAAAUGCUACAAAGAUUGAAGGCAAAUGAAUAUUGUUCAUAUUGGGACACUUUGGGGAGGGAGCAAAAAUAUCUGCAGCUACAAUCGGUUUUCUUUACUGCUUGUGCAGACCUCUUAGCCUUUUAAUGGCAUUGGGGAGGGGUGGAAAACAAAAGAUAACUUUUGCAAAACAAAACACAAUUUACUUGCAUUUUGUAUGGGCAGCAGGGAAGACCUUGUGAGCAAGUAUUCCUUGCAUUUUAACACUGUGGAUCAUCCACAGAGCACCUUCUGCAAACAUUUUCAAAUGUUGGCAGACAAUUUUCUCAAGCUGCUUUGAGAAUUUUCUUUAUAUAAUUAUAUUUAUUGUCAAAAUGAUUUGCUGAAGGGUUGUCUGUUGAGUAAGACAUUUACAGGGAGAAAAAAUAGGCCCCUACACUAUUAGAUGCAUCAUUUCCCUCUCCAGUCUAUUUAUUGCAAAAUUCCACAGUUUAAAAUAGCCACCGAAGCUUGAACUGAGCAUGGAAUCUUAUUUAAAUUAGUCAUGCCUUGGAUGUAUUAUGUGUACAAUCAUAUUUUUGCAUAAUAUAUCUGUCUUUAUUUAUUUGUUACCUUCACAUACCUGAGUAGCACUGGGGCUUACUAAGGAGCUAAAACACCCCAGGCUUUAAGGAUGUGUUUUCUUUUUGCUUUUUUCCUUUGGGGAAAAUAAAACUGUGUUUAUUUGCAAUGCAGUUGCAUAACUUUUCUAGCGUGAACCCAGAUGUCAUAUUUAAAGUACAUCCUUGAAGUGUCAGGGACUUAAGCUAAAGUCCAACUAGUCCACUCUUGAGUCUGGAUCUGACCCAAAGGCUUUUGGAGAAGUCAUGUAUCUGCAUUACAAAUUCUGUUUCACUCUCUUGGGUUCCAGGUUUCUCCCUGGUCUCCUUGGCCUCCUCCAGUGGGCAAAGGCUCUCUAGCGAGUGUUUAUUAAACUGGUUUCUUCAAACAAGCUUACUUCCCAGUGGAGGUACAGGGUGAAAUGGAGUGUUGUACACAGCUUCAGGAGUGUCUUCUUUUUGCAGUGGGAACCCCUUGUGCUGCUUUUGUAAUCGCAGUGCAGUGCUGUAAAGGGACUUGCUGUUAUGGGAGAACGAUGGGCAAUUGGAGGGAGCUAGUGUACAUACUAGAAAGGGACUCACUGGAUCAUAUUUGUGGCUGAGAAGAAUAUUUGAACUUUGGAAAUUCUGAGAACAGUGAAAUAUUGCAGCACAGCAAAAAGAACACACCCUGUUGACCCUCCCUCCCUUUAUAUCUCCAAAGCUCCUGUGUUGUAGUAUAAAAAGAGAGGUUGUAUGUUGCUACUAUUUAAGAAAAAAAUCUUGAUUUUUUUUCCUCUGCCAUGUCAUUCUUGUAGAAGACUUGUAUCUGUGUGGUGUCCAUAAUUCUGCUGUGGACAAGUAAUAAUAACCCCUAACUAUUAAGAGAGAGCAUAAGAGGAAAGAAAUCAUAUGAACUAUUUAAAGCAGAGAUAAAAGUAAAAAUGUGUUUGUAAAUUAUUUUCUAAUUUAUUUAAUUUACUUAAGGAUUUGGCCAUGACUUCUUUAUAGAAUGAAUCUGAUCUAUUAUGGUGCCCAAAUAUACAAGAAGAAGAACCUGUUUUGGAAGAGCCAAGCUUGCAAUUGAAGAGGACUUUUUAGCCUUUGCAGUAGUAAUAGCAAAAAAAUUUAAACAUGCAAAACACUGUGCUUAGCAGGACUUGGGAUGUUUUAGGUUGUGUCAGGUGGGAGAGAGAAUGCCAGUGUGAAGCUAGACAGUUGCAACUGCAGUGCAGCCCACACAGGAUUGCAUUAAAAUGCCAUUUAUACAAUGUGGUGCCCAUUCAUUCUCAUAAACAGGAUCCACCUAGCAACAAAUGUUUCCUAAUGAUCUAGAGCAGUGGUUCCCAUCCUUUGGUCCUCCAGAUGAUUUAGGGUUCAGCUCCCAGAAUUCCUGACAGUUGGCCAAGUUGGCUGGGGCUUCUGGAAGUUGAAGUCCAAAACAAAUGGAAGACCAAGGGUUGGGAAUCCACUGAUCUGGAGUCCCACAUGUUUGAAUGGGAUGAUAUGGUUGGAACAGGUAAGGACAAGACAGCAUUGUAUUAUUCAGUGUAUCCUUGGAUUUCAUUACAAAUGGCGAAGUUGUCAAAUUUCCGAAGGGUUCCCUUUUUUAAAUGCUCCUUUGACAUUUGGAAAGUGAAGAACAACUUUUCUAUUU